AUGUCAACAACCAUGAUAUCAGCGUUGCUCAUUCGACCAAUAUCCAUAUCGAUCGUGCCAAAGAAGCCAAAGUUAGCCAACAUCGGUAGGUAUUGCAUAGGUUCCUUUGAGAGUCUCCAUCACUGUACCGGAAACUUUGUUCCUGUCAUCCACUUCCUAAUUGCGAUCAAAAUCCUAACCGCGAUGCAGGAAACGUCAAAGUCGACGUCCGUCACGACAGUAGUCAAUGGUCUAAUUCGGAAUGUCGGCGGCCUGUACGCCUGUCGUUUGGUCCUUGGCGCUUGCGAAGGCGGUCUAUUCCCUUCUCUCAACAUGUACCUAACUAUGGUAUAUGAACGAGACGAGAUCGCGAAGCGCACGUCCUACCUCGUCUCGUGCAUGGCAUUAUCCGGUGCCUUUGGGGGCCUGUUGGCGUACGGGUUGUUACAAAUGGACGGCGUUGGUGGAUACGCUGGCUGGAGAUGGGUGUAUCUCAUCGAGGGGGCGUUUAGUAUCAUAUGCGCCUUUGCUGUAUGGUUCGGAUUGCCUAGCGAUGGCCGCAAUGCAUACUUCCUCAGUGAUGAGGAGCGAGUCAUCAUGGACACGCGGCAUCAGGAGAGAUUGGACUACAUGGGCAGCAACGAGCUUGAUUGGAAUGAAGUGAAGCUUGCUUUUUUGGACCCAAAGACUUGGCUCAGCGCGUGGACUCAAUUUUGCCAGAAUAUUUUGACAGACGGACUCGGCACUUUCUUGCCCUCCAUUUUGCACGCCAUGGGUCACGGUACGCUGGCUAGCAACUAUCUGAAAAUACCCGUGUAUUGCUUUGGAGCACUGGCAUUCUUCACCUUCGCUUUUCUGUCAGACAAGUACGGAAAGUGCGGCAUGGUGAGCGCAGUAGGCUAUGUAAUACUGAUUGUUUUCAGUAACAGUGCUGUCGAAUAUUUUGCCUGCUUCGUCUGCAUUAUCGCAGUGUACAACGGCACAGGGCUGAACCUGGCAUGGCUCAACGUCAAUACAGCACCACAAUAUCGGCGCGCUACGGCCAUUGAGAUUCAACAGACAGUCGGCAAUACUGCCGGUGCUGUGGCAGAUCAGAUAUACAGAACCGUCACCGAGUGUCUGAUCGUCAUUCAUUGGCUAUUCCUCAGACGCCUAGACAAAGAGAAGCAGGUUAUUCUGGCCGGGACCGGGCUAGAUACGAGGAAGCAGCGGACAGGCGACCGAGACGUUGAGUUUAUGCACCGUCUUUGA